CUGAGAGGGCGUGGCUGCUUAGCACGUGUAUGUAGCUGCAAAGAGAAGCUUUGUUUCGGUUGUGAGACGGUUUUGAGGUCCUUUCCAGUGUCUGAGUAUCAAGUAUACACAAGUGAAGCAACUGCAUCAAAGGGAAAAGAAAGGCGUUGGCCACUUCCUGUACGCAUUCUUGAGUUCUGAGGGUGUGUGUUGGUGCGAGAAACUCUUAGAGGAUCGAGCUACUCCCUUCUACUGCAGAGUACGAGUAGAGUGUGUACCCAGGCUGUCUAGUUCAAGCUACACUAUUCUGCAACAAGCUACUGUAGUCUGGUCGCUAGAUCUACGAGAAGUAAAGAUGGCAACUCAAGGCAUAGUUCAGAACUCGAGCACAAAUGGACCCACUCCCCCUUUCUCCACGCACACCUCCUUCUUGAGCAACGAGGCCCUUCCUAUCACAGUGGAAGCAUCGCCGUCUACCAAAGAAGGAGACAAAGUUAAUACUGGAGGGACUCAGUCUACUGCUCUGGUUCUUGUUGCCAAAGUUCUAGCUAACCUAAGCCAAGAGACUCUUGCUCGAGCCUGCCUCGCUGUCAAUCCAGAGAGAUUUAUCAGUCCUGCUGAACCUACACAGUUGAUUUUAACUGCUGAAGCUAUCAAGUCUGAAGUAAAAGCUGAACAAAAGGAUGAUGAACAGCCAAGACAAACUCCCUACAUGAAUGGUAUUGAGUCACUCAUCAAUGCUGCCAACAACAACAGUGGCCAAGAUCAAGAGGGAAGUUCUAAUACUCUCCUGCCAGACGGUGAAUGUGACGAUGCGGAGUCUCAGAGUCUCUCUCAGUCACACAGCUCCUUCGCAAGCCACUACUCGACCAGCUCAGCGGGAUCUGGAACAGAAGCAGCAGUCUCUCCUCAAUCUUUACUGACUGGGUCUGGGAAGUCUAGUCGGGGGAAGAGAACUCACUUCUGCCCUUGGGAAGGCUGUGGGAAGGGCUAUGGAAAGAGCUCACAUCUUAAGGCGCAUAUUCGAACACAUACCGGAGAACGACCCUACCCCUGUGGCUGGGAAGGUUGUGGAAAAAGUUUUGCACGAUCAGAUGAACUUGCCCGUCAUUUUCGUACUCAUACUGGAGAAAAGAGAUUUGCUUGCCCCGUCUGUGACAAACGUUUUAUGAGAAGCGACCACUUGAGCAAACAUGUCAAACGACACGCUGUAAAUCGUGCCAAAGGAAGAGACCCUCUUGUCCUCAAGGCUAAAGCUGCCGCUGCCUCGGCUGCAAUGAACACUACCAAUGGACGUCGAAGUGCUAUCAACAGUUCCUCUACUCCACCCUCCACCCCUGGCACGCCACUCACCCCGAAUACCCUCAAAGGAUGGGAAGCUCUCACUAAUGGAGUGUCCCUCAUUCAGAUGCCUUUACCGCAACACCUACCUGUUACCGUGAGUAGCGUACCCUUUAAGAUCGAACCCAACAGUCCCACUGCUGAAGAGCCAAUGGAUAUGGAAACCACCACAACCCCUAUGUCCUUCAAGACAGAGCAAUUCAUUAUGAACAUGAUCGCCUCACAAUCCCCUGCGAUUCCUAUGGCUCAAAUGCCUCCUGUUGUGAUGGAAGCUAGCAUGGUUCCAGCUACACUCCCUCAACAACAAGAAAUAGAAAUCGAGACAAAAUCCGAGACUGAAAUAUAUCCAAUCGCUACUAUUGCGAUGAAUGGAGAGCCGGAAACGACAGCCACUACAAUUGUUUUCACUACACCUGCGCAUGUGCCAGCAUCCGUGAUGUCAUCCUAAAGAUCGCGAGAGGUAAUAAACACACAAACUGAUCUACCUGAUAGUUGUCGAGUUGAUUUUCAAUUUUGUACACUUGUCCUAUGUUAUCCUGCGCAGCUAUUUUUGUGCUGUUUUCGUAUGUUUACUAUGUGUAUAGGUACUGUGUACACACACUCUCAUAGAUAUGUGUUUACGUUUAAAACUUUCAUUUGAUAUUCACAGCAAAUCAUCUGUUUCACAUGAAUUUUGUACACUAACCACUUUGUCAUAAUCAUUACUCUAUGUCCACUUAUAAGAAUUAUGUUAUUCAGAAUUGUAUUCAUUUACUCAUUUUGCACAAUUUGGUUCACGUACAGUUGUUCAUGUUUUAUGUAUUCCAAUGUAAGCUUCAGUAUAUUCUGCCAGUUCUUUCAAUUUUGA